AGCUUUGUAAAAGAAGAACACUUGGAAGUUUUUGAAUUUAAUUGUUUAAAGUUAUCUCUGAGCAGGGGUGGGGGCUUUGGAUUAAGCAUUAAGGAAAGCAAUGAAGAUCAAGACCAAGGGGAUGCCUCUGACACAGAGGAAUAUCUUCAAAGGCUGGGGAUUGUUUUGAGUUUUUAUGCCUUUCCUUAUCUCUCUCUCUCCUCUUUCCCCUCUUUCUCUCUCUCCUCUCUCUUUUUUUUCCUUAUAAAACAAGUUUUCUGUGUCCUUAACCAUGGCUACCGUACUCCAAACAGCUACGUUUGGUUCCGUUAUUUAUUCGUAUUUCCUACGUUGUUUCGGAAAUCCCCGUAAUCAUCAUCAUCAUCAUAAUCAUCAUCCUCGUCAUCACAAAAGCUUCAAUCACUUCCUCUUCAACAUGCCAAAGCCUAAACCUCUUUCCUUGCAGACUGUUGAACUAAAAGUCAGGAUGUGCUGCAGCGGUUGUGAACGGGUUGUUAAAGAUGCCAUCUACAAACUUAGAGGAGUUGAUUCUGUUGAGGUGAAUUUGGAGCUGGAGAGGGUGACGGUGAUCGGAUAUGUCGAUCGGAAUAAAGUAUUGAAGGUGGUUCGGAGGGCCGGGAAGAGGGUGGAGUUUUGGCCAUACCCAGAGCCACCAUUGUACUUCACAUCAGUGAACGAUUACUUCAAAGACACGACCCGUGAGUUCAAGGAGAGCUACAACUAUUAUCGGCAUGGCUACAACAUCGGAGAGAAGCACGGAACGAUUCCGAUAUCUCAUCGAGGCGAUGACAAAGUGAGCAACAUGUUCAACGACGACAAUGUGAAUGCUUGUCAUGUAAUGUAAAUAUAUAAUUAGAUAUGAAUGUGAGCCCUAGCUCUAGCAUUCAAUGGCAGCCUUGAAUUAAAAUGGGGCUUAAGUGAAAGUCUAUAUGUGGUGUGCUUUUGUAUAUCUUGGAAUUGAAGGGUUGAUGAUCUUUGUUUCUAAGUCAUUUGUACAGUGUGUAAAAUGCAGUUUGAUUUGUUCCUUUCCUUUCCCUUAAUUUGUAACAUGAGUUUGUGUAUUAUACUUAAAGCAAGUUUAUAUUACCAAAUUUCCAAGUGUAGUUUUAUGA